UCGCAGACAGUGGCACCUUCUCGCAACCUCGUGUCCUUCGCAAAUCAACAGAUUCGCGCGUCCUAUUCACUCUCCCUCGCAAAACGAUGGUUCUCUCAUAGCUAAUAGUUGUGGCUCAUUUGCGUCUCUUCGUGUGUCUACCGUGAGGUCCAGUCAAGAGAUUCAGACUCGAACCCCGCUCGGCGUUCGUUUCUUCCACCAUUCGCCAAUGACGCGCAACAUCGACAUUUAUCCCGAGUCCUAAGUUGAAAGCUACAAUGAGCGGAAUCGAGGUAGCUGGCCUUGUACUUGGCGCUUUGCCGCUGAUUAUUCAAGGAAUCGAUAGCUACAGAGAAGGACUUAGUACUUUGAGGAGCAUGUGGGAUCGAGACAUUGAGUAUCCCGCCCUUCUCAGGAAACUCAGGGCCCAGUACGAUCACUACGAGCUGACAAUUCGGAUACUUUUCGGCUCCAUCACCUCUGAAGCCGAAUGGACAAAAAUGACUACUGAUCCCAUGGCAUCUCGGGGACUGUGGAAGAGCAAGGAAACGGCGCUCCAAGACAAGCUUCAAAACGCUUACAACUCGUAUCAAAGUAUCAUGGCGGAGAUCGAACAAAUCACGAAGAGCAUCGCGAGUAGACUAGAUUUGGACGGCGCAGCCGAGCUUACUCGUAACAAUCUCGACACGUUGCUUGCCGCGAACCCUAAGAAGUCCAACGACAAAUUCGAAUUCCGCAAGCGUGUUCGUUUUGGUAUGAGCAAGAAGAAGUUAAGCGCACUUCUAGAGAAGCUUGAUGAGUGCAACAGGCAGCUCGAGAGGUUCACGGAAAAGAGUGAAAAGAUCGAGACCUACCAUAGACCGAGCAAGCCUUCGUAUGCUACACGCUUGCAGAAGCUGCAGCGCUAUGCCAAGAUUCUACACGACGCACUUUGUGUGUGCUGGUCAUGCUCAUGCAAGUCUUCCCAUACAGCAAGUCUCCAACUCGACCCUCGCGGAGACAUAUUUGCGCCGAGAUUUCGGGAGGCGCUCCGCAAUAACAAGACAAGUUUCAAUAUCUCUUUUUCGACCAUUUCGCCUGACAGCAGUGGCGUUUCGUGGACUUUUCAAGCCGCUAGGAUCUGCGUCGACGAGGAGGACGAUGCCUGUCUUUCACCGAUGGCCUCCCCCAAACCGAAUAGGAUGCAAAGGAAUGUCAGCUUCGGAUCGCUUCCUCCUUACGCAGUUCAAGAUCCAGCGACCACUUCACCACCUUCAUAUGAGGAGGUCAAAGACCUUUGCGCAUCUAUUCAACAACUCUAUAAGAAGUCCCCGACCAUCGGCUUCUCGUUAGACAGUAAAAGCAAACUACGAGGGGCUUACUCAGUCGACACGGCAGAAGCACAGAUUCCUAGUACAGAACUGAUAUCUCUGGAGACACUGCUAGAGAGGCCACCGGUCAUCAACGGAAAACGCUCUAAGUUGAGCAGGAAAGAGAGAUAUAGCCUAGCGUUGACAUUAGCGUCCAGUAUACUCUACCUUAACUCGACGCCCUGGCUUGCCAACGAGUGGGCUGCGCGAGACAUUCUUUUCCACCGAACAUCAGAUACCACGUGUCCGAUCGAUCUCGAUCGCGCAUACCUCGCUCCGAAUGCAGCUGACCGUUCUGAAAACGGAUCGAAAGGUCACAACCAAAUGUUUUUGAAGAACAAUUUCUUGCUCGCUUUAGCCGUAGCAUUGCUCGAGCUUUACUUCGGAACGACUGCCGAAAAAUACCACCAGUCGGAGUUUGAAAACGAAACUGGUGACGGUUCAGCAGAUCAGAAAUAUAACCUCCUUACCUUGGUACAUAACUGGAUACAAAACGAAGCUGGGGAACUGUCUGCUGCUUAUCAAAGUGCAGUCAGUUAUUGUAUGAAAGAGUCUGUCGAUCCCACGGUUAAUUUACAGGACACCAACUGCCUCCAAGCUGCAGUUGAGAAUAUCGUACUGCCGUUGCAGGAGGAGCUAAACCAGUUCUUGGGCAAGACUUUGGCCUAAUGUUACAGGUUUUCAGCACAAGACUAGAGCAGUUCCAACACAGCAUCGGUUUGCAAGAUUCAGUCUACGAUGCUGGAGACGUGUAGAACAAGAAGAGGAAUAACCAAGAAAAUGCGCCCAACCUGUCAGCACGGCGUUUUCCGAUCAUGUUUGCAUGGCGAGACUAAACCACCAAAAUGCUCAAGGUCCAACAACAGACCAUAAGAACGAUAGUCACCAAGCAACCAAACGAUACACAACAUCCAGCUGAAGUUUCAAUA